AAGAUAACUCCGCGAGAACUGUUUUUAUUGUUGCAAAGGUGUGGGAAUAGCAAUAGUCGAAACUCUAGUUUUACAAACUAUUGCUGCCCUCACAUACGUUAAUGUGCUAGUUAGUUAGCUAGCUAGCCCAACUUAGUGUUGCUGCUAUCCUGUUAGAUAUGCAUUUUAAAAGAGAUUUAGCACUUGUCUACAACCAACUCUACAGAUACAGAUUUGUGUUUUUUAUAGUAUGAAGUCAGUGGAGGACCAAGUUGUAGAAGAUGAGGCAGGGUAUCAAGAUGACGAGGUAUCUUUCUUCCAAGACAUCGAUCUUCUACAGAAAUAUGGGAUUAACAUGGCUGAUAUCAAGAAGCUGAAGUCUGUGGGAAUUUGCACGGUAAAAGGGAUUCAGAUGACCACACGGCGUGCGCUCUGCAAUGUAAAGGGCUUAUCUGAAGCAAAAGUGGACAAAAUAAAGGAAGCUGCUGGGAAGUUGUUGAUCACAGGAUUUCAGACAGCUUCUGAAUACAGCAUGAAAAGGAGACAGGUGUUCCACAUCACAACAGGCAGUUUGGAAUUUGAUAAACUUCUUGGAGGGGGAAUAGAGAGUAUGGCAAUUACUGAGGCUUUUGGAGAGUUCAGAACUGGUAAGACACAGCUCUCUCACACACUGUGUGUUACAGCUCAGCUUCCUGGUGAGGAUGGAUACUCUGGAGGGAAAGUGAUUUUCAUUGAUACUGAAAAUACUUUUCGUCCAGACAGACUGAAGGACAUUGCAGAAAGGUUCAAUGUGGAUCAUGAAGCUGUGCUUGAUAAUGUACUGUAUGCCCGUGCCUAUACAAGUGAACAUCAGAUGGAGUUGUUAGACUUUGUUGCAGCAAAAUUUCAUGAAGAAGGAGGGGUCUUCAAGCUCUUGAUCAUAGACUCCAUCAUGGCUCUGUUCCGGGUGGACUUCUCUGGUAGAGGCGAGCUGGCAGAGAGACAGCAGAAGCUGGCACAGAUGCUUUCCAGGCUGCAAAAAAUCUCUGAAGAGUACAAUGUUGCAGUGUUUGUCACAAAUCAGAUGACAGCAGACCCAGGAGCUGGGAUGACAUUUCAAGCAGAUCCCAAAAAGCCCAUCGGAGGUCACAUCCUGGCACAUGCUUCCACCACACGGCUAAGCUUGAGGAAAGGACGUGGUGAAACAAGAAUUGCCAAAAUAUUUGAUAGCCCUGAUAUGCCAGAAAAUGAAGCUACUUUUGCCAUAACUCCUGGAGGGGUAGCAGAUGCAAAGGAGUAAAGAAACGGUUUCUCCAAAGUAGAUAUAAUUAAUGGAACUGUAAGGCUAAAUAAGACACUGGUCAGGUUUACAUUUUACUAAUAACAGUAUUUAUGCAUAUAUUUAUUUGUGAAAAGUUGUUUGCUUUGUCUGUUUCUUACCAUGUAUUGUUUUUAUUUUGUAUGUGAUUUUUGUGUAAACUGUGAAUUGACUUAUACUGGCUGUCAGUUCAAUAAACUCUAACUUGCUCAGUGGUUGAAAA